AUGCUUCGAUCCGCGUUGAGUUGCUGUUCGAGAACCUUCAUGGCUUCUAGAAGUUACGCGAAAGCUCCAGCUUCAGCGGCCGUUAAAAUCGACAAAUCGUUUGUUGAGGAAGACGCCGAGAAGCUCGCCAACUUUGUUUGUAUUAACGCGUAUUUACAAGGUGAAGAACCGGGUCCGCAAAUCAAACCCGAUUCGGAAUACCCAAAAUGGUUGUUCGAGCUCGAUUUGCGACCGCCAAAAGCGCUGGAAGAUUUGGAUCCGGAGAAGGACGGAUGGAACUAUUGGAGGGCUCUGCGAAAGCGGCAAAUCGAGCAGAAUCGCCGAAUUCAGAAGCUGAAGACGAGAUUUUUACAUCUACAAAACAGCCCGAGUAUGAAGCCGAAGAAAUCGGCGUAA